AUGGGCGGCAAUGCAUCUCGACUCGCCCGCGUGAUUUGUUCAUCCUCAUGUGGCGAGGGGAUCUGUGCUGCGGCGGUCAUGGGCUCGGUGAGGGCCAAGUCCUUGUGGCCCUUCACUGGCCGCUUCCUCGAGUUCUCCCCCGGCCUGGGCGCCCCUUGUGCCUCCAGGGCUCCGCAGUUUUUUCCGUGGCCCGUGCCCAGCCACAGUGUCCAGCUGCUCGCCAAGACGAGCCGUGCCAUGUACGUAGCCAGUGCGAGCACGAUCUCCAGAUUUUUGAUCGUAACUACUUUGCUCGGUCUGGGAUAA